CGAACAAUGGACUUCACUCAACAAUGAACAAAGACAGAAACAGGUAUUCAUCUAAUGCUGAGGACGCGGCCAGGGUGAUGCACGAAGCGAGAAUGGCAGUAAGGUAUAUUGCGAAGGACAACAAUUGCAACCUUGCCCAACACCUAUUCGUACUCGUCUCUGACGCUCCCUUGGUACUCCCUUGACAUUGGAUAGUACCCUGGGUAAGGGAGCAUCAAUAUAUAGCUCUCAAUGCUUUUACUUAAGGGUAUUAAGACUAGCGUCUGCCAAUUCAUUAUUGACUUUGCCCUGGCCAACCCCGCUGUAUAAUUUGCGUGCUGACAACAGUGAGCUCGUCUUCCAGUGUGUAUCCCUUCUCUUCACAUCUUGGCCUUUCAGUAAAGCCUUGUCUGAACAAACCCUGGCCCGCUUCAUCCAAGGGAUUGGCUGCACCAAUGUCUGUUGUAUUGCCAAUGUCUCUCUAUCAUGGAUUGGCUUCACUCGAAGAUAUCCUUCGAUCGCAGCUAUUGCCUACGUCCUUAGCAAUAGUUCUUGCCAAUGUUGCCCCUUGAGGUGAUAUCCUCGUCGCCCUAGGUUCAGGUUAAGAUGCACGCAGAAAAUGAUAACUAUAAGGAUGAGUCUCUGGCAUCAACUGAAGACAUUCUGAUCAUCAUAAACACUUCCAUUCUGAUAACCGACACGUUCUUCGUCGUCUUCCUCCUCGCUCACUCUCAGUCAAACUUUGCUCACGCAUUAGCCCCUUGGCCUUGAUUCCUCUUCAUCUUUAUUUCUCUGUCUUAUAAUGGUCCGGUUUACCCCUCUGGCAGCACUGGCCUUGGUGCCCCUAGCUCAGGCACGCUUCGACUGGUUGUAUUCGCGAGACACCAUUGCUCAAUGCCCUCCAUGCUCACUCGAUAGCGAGUCCAAGGAUUGUUCUCACACAGUGACCGUCACUAAGUCCUCUGAGCCAUACGAGACUGUCACUGUCUCAGAUCCCAACGGUUCUUAUCACACUGUUACUGUUACAGAACAAGAUGGUCCCGGAAAGACUGUUACUAUCACCCAGAACUACCAAAACCCUCAAACCAAGGUUGUGUACAUCAGCCAGGGCGAGACGGUUGAGCCAGUCAUUGAGACUAUUACCAUCACCCGCCCAGGAAAGACUGUAACUGUGACUGCGACGGAAACAGAGACCAGUGAGCACAUCGUCACCAAGAAGAUUGAUAGCUAUCCCGGCCCCAAAACAGUUACCAUCGGCAACGGCUACCCUGCGCCUAGUGCUGGCUCUCCUGGCUACAAUGGUGGAGUUUUCACUAAGGUCGUUGGUGGCGAUGGUGGCUAUGAGAAGGAUCCCGACAACAUUCACACGGUUACUGUGGUCAAGGAUGGUCAAAUCCAGACUCUGACAUACACGGAUGGCAAUUACAACACUAUCAUCAAGACGAUCACCCAAGACAACGGCCACGAAGAGGUAGUGACCGUUACCGGCAAAGAUCAGUAUGAGGUUACCAAGACUGUGACUGAGAACGGUAACAAGGUUGUCGAGACCAUCACAGCUGAGAACACCAACAACUACGUUGUCACCAAGACCAUCCAGCAAGGUGGCAAGUACUAUACCGUCAUCGUCAAGCCUGAGCCGACCGUCAGCACUAUCACGAAAGAGAACGGCGACUGUAUUACUACAGUUGUCGAGGUUGAUCAGACCUACACAUUGACUGCUCCGGCCAAGUAUGGAACUGCUACUGUAACAGAUGACGACUGCGAGACCUACACCAGGACUGCCACCUACACUGGUAAGGUUGAGGUUGAGGUCAUUGUUUAUGACCCGGAGACUGGCGACUCAACCUGCACAAAAGAGGACGGAAAGCCCUGCAACCCUGGCUACGACAAUGGUGGUAGUGGUAGCAAGGGCCAGUAUGAAGAUCCUACCAACACAAAGGGCCAGGACGGAAGUGGCAACUACAACAGCAACGUCCCUGUGUACACCAAGAUCCGCACUUACGGCAACGGUGAUGUCUACACCGAGGUCCAUGGCGCUGAACCAACUGGUUGCGAAUCAGCUGCAGUCUCCACGAGCAUCGCUACUGUUUAUAACACUGUGGUUGUGACAGUAGAUGCGUCGCCGUCAAAGGCCCCUACUGUCGAGCGCCGAACAGCAAACAAAGUUCGGUCACCCCUGUCUGUUCGAUGGUGAUGAAUCGAUUGAACAGAGCGUAUACCUUUCCUUGAGUUCAAAAUUGGUGGAGUAUCUAUUUUGGGAUUAAAUUCAGCAUAUGGUAGGAGUGUUAUAAUGCGGACAUGUAAUCAGUAUUUAAUGUAGUUAUUAAAUUUUAGUCUUUUUAUAUCGAUACUUUUUGUUGAAGUGCUCAGUGCCGUGUGAAUUUCAUUUUGCUGUGCUAAACAAACAAAGUAGCACUACUUCUGCACAAACACUUCUGAAAGCCGUCAGGCACUCCCUAGACCUAGAUGUAACCAAGG